AUGACUACACCCAGAAACUCAGUGAGUGGAACUUUCCCAAUAGAGUCUACCAGAGGCCCUCUUGCCAUGCAAGCUUCUCAAAAAAGAAACCUCAGGAGGCCAUCUUCGCUGGUGGGGCCAACACAAAGCUUCUUCAUGAGGGAAUCGAAGGCUUUGGGGGCUGUCCAGAUCAUGAAUGGCCUCUUCCAUAUUUCCCUGGGAGGACUGCUGAUGAUCCCCACAGGGGUCUUUGCACCCAUCUGUAUGAGUGUAUGGUACCCUCUCUGGGGAGGCAUUAUGUAUAUUAUUUCAGGAUCACUCCUGGCAGCAGCAGCAGAGCAAACCUCCAGAAAAAGUUUGGUCAAAGCCAAAGUGAUAAUGAACUCUCUGAGCCUCUUUGCUGCCAUUUCUGGAAUAAUUCUUUCAAUCAUGGACAUACUGAACAUUACAGUUUCUCAUUUCCUAAAAAUGGAGCGUCUGAUUCUUAGUAAAACCCCCAACCUGUAUGUUGAUAUCUACAACUGUGAACCAUCUAAUUCCUCAGAGAAAAACUCCCCAUCUACACAGUACUGUUACAGCAUGCAAUCUGUGUUCUUGGGCAUUUUGUCAGUGAUGCUGAUCUCUGCCUUCUUCCAGAAACUUGUGACAGCUGGAGUUGUGGAAAAUGACUGGAGAAGAAUGUGCUCCAGACCCAAAUCUAAUGUAGUUCUGCUGUCAGCUGGAGAAAAAAAAGAACAGACAAUUAAAAUGAAAGAAGAAAUCAUUGAGCUAAGUGGAGUAUCUUCCCAACCAAAAAACGAAGAAGAAAUUGAAAUUAUUCCAGUGCAAGAAGAAGAAGAAGAAACAGAAAUAAAUUUUCCUGAACCUCCCCAGGAACAGGAAUCCUUGCCAGUGGAAAAUGAGAUCGCCCCUUAA